UGUCUGUAAAAUGGAAUGGACAAAAGUAUGACGUUGAUAUGAACACUGACGAACCAGUGUUAUUGCUUAAAACUCAAUUAUAUACACUUACCGGGGUUGAGCCAGAAAGGCAAAAGCUUUUCCUUAAAGGUGGACUUUUGAAGGGUGCAUCAUUAAUGAUGAUGGGAACUGCUGGAGAAUUACCCAAGGCGCCAGAAACGAAACCACAGUUUAUCGAGACAAUGACUGACCAGCAAUUGGCAGAAACGCUUAAAUUACCAUCUGGUCUAAUUAAUCAUGAAAACACCUGUUACAUGAACGCGACAUUGCAAUGUCUUCGGGUCAUUCCUGAAUUGCAAGAGUCGCUAGAGAGCUAUUCUGAUAGUGGUGCAGAUCUCCAAGGGAAUCUUACCGAAUCUCUUCGCGAUCUUUAUCGUCAAUUAAACAGAACAACUGAGUCAUAUCAUCCCUUUGAAUUUAUCCAGGUGCUUCGAGCUGUUGCUCCUCAAUUUGCUCAACGAGAUAAUCGAUCAUAUUUACAACAAGACGCUAAAGAAUGCUGGACUGAGAUCUUAUCUUGUUUAAGUUCCAAGUUAAAACUUCCUCCUAGACUCCGACAAAAUGAUGCAGGAUCAUCAACGUCAUCAGCUUCUACUACUAUUACCUCGGAUGCAGAUAGUCUUGUUCGACGUUAUAUGACAGGGGAAUGGAUCAUCACGCAA